CUGUGGUUGUAGCUAGUAGCUCUUCGGCUGUUAGUUAUAAGAGGGCGCGCAUGUGUGAGCUCUUCAGAACUGAAGCUCUGGCAUUUGACGCACACUGCUGUACGGAUGGAUGGAGGUAUCGGUGCAAAAUCUUAUUUGACAUCCACUACUUCGUGUCUACCACGCUGCUGAACACCUCAGGUGGAUUGACUGAGAACAAAAACUGCCUAUAUUGCAACCAUGGCCUCAGCCUCAUCCAACAGUGAAAGUGAAUCCCAAAGUGUGCUUACCUGGGAGCAAGUGAACCGCCUGAAUGAAGUGCUUACGGAGGCCGUGCCAGUCCACGGCCGUGGGAACUUUCCUACCCUGGAGGUACGGCUGAAGGAUAUUGUCCAGAUGGUGAGAAACCGCUUGGAGCUUCGGGGCAUUAUGGUCAAAGAUGUUCGCCUGAACGGCUCCACAGCCAGUCACGUGCUGGUGAAGGACAUCGGUUGGAGUUACAAAGACCUGGAUGUGAUCUUCAGGGUGGAUCUUCCUCGGGAAGAGGAGUUUCAGCUCAUCAAAGAUGUGGUUUUGAGCACUUUGUUGGACUUUUUGCCCGAGGGGGUGAACAAGGAGAAGAUCACUCCCAUGACCCUGAAGGAGGCCUACGUUCAGAAACUGGUCAAGGUCUACACCGAGCAGGACCGCUGGUCUCUCAUCUCCUUGUCCAACAAUAACGGCCGCAAUGUGGAACUUAAAUUCGUGGACUCGAUCCGCAGGCAGUUCGAGUUCAGCGUGGACUCGUUUCAGAUCGUCCUGGACUCUGUGCUCUCGUAUUACGACAUCUCGGAGAACCCCAUGUCUCGGCACUUCCACCCUACGGUGGUCGGGGAAAGCGUGUACGGUGACUUCGCUGUCGCAUUGGACCAUCUCAGGAACAAGCUCAUCGCCACCAAAAGGCCCGAGGAAAUCCGCGGAGGUGGUUUGCUGAAAUACUGCAACCUCCUGGUGAGGGACUUCAAGCCCACGGACGAAGAGGAGUUUAAGGCCUUGGAGCGUUACAUGUGCUCGCGUUUUUUCAUUGACUUUCCCGACAUCGGUGAGCAGCAGAGGAAACUGGAGGCUUAUCUGCAAAGCCACUUCAUCGGUGAGGAGAAGAACAAGUACAACUACCUCAUGAUCCUGCGCCGGGUCGUGAACGAGAGCACGGUGUGCCUCAUGGGACACGAGAGGCGGCAGACGCUCAACCUCAUCUCGCUGACAGCGUUUCGGGUGCUCGCUGAGCAGAAUGCCAUACCUGAUGCGUCCAGCGUCACCUGUUACUACCAGCCAGCUCCGUAUGUCAGAGACCUGAACUUCAACAACUACUACGUGGCCUCUUGUAACCAAUCCAUUCCAACUUGGUUGCCUUGUAACUAAGAGACAACAACGAUGCUUGACUAUCAAAAUCCGAAACGCAAGAUGGCCACGUAGCAGUUUAUUUGGCCAAAAGGGAUAUCCCCUCUGUAGGCAUAAAGGAUAUUUAAAAAUGACAAGUAUUCUCAUUUUCUUUUUUCCUUUUUCUUUUUUUUUAAAAGUCCUUUUCUACAGAGGUGUCAAGUCAUUUCUGAUCCAAAGUGAUAUAUUUUAGUGUUUGAAUUAAGUACAUUUAUUUGCCUUUGUUUUACUUCAAAAUUUGAAAAAAUCAGAUUUGAUUUUGUUGCUCUCAUCUCUGUCCCUGAUCUGAGCGAUUAAUUUUUUCAAUACUGAAAAGAAUUUCCAUAGUGCCUUAAUACACUAUAACCCUAAAAAUGAAGGAAAGUAGAUAUUGGGACGAAUUGUGUUUUACACGCACACACAAAAAAAUCAAAAAAGCACAAAGGCCAAAAAAAUAUUAAUAAUGUUCUUAGAAAUGUGGAGAUAAAAAAUACAAAACGACAAAAUUUGGAAGAAAAAGACGUGAGAUGUGAACACAGGUGAAGUAGGUACUCUAGGCCUUGAGUUUUUUUGGUACACUGGUGGGCAGCUAAAGUAGUUUUUGUUCUCAUGAAUUGAAAUGUGACAAUCAUGUUUUUACGUUUCAGUUUGCUGUGUGAAUGCAUAAUGCAUAGUUUUUUUUCCUGUUCCACAUUACAUUUUGUUCAAUCUCGCACUUGAUGUGAGAUUGAAAUUGGUUGCAACAUGUACAGUAAGACGGUUUGUCCUUUCCCCCUUUUCCCUAUAAAGCUAAAGAGCAGUUUAUAGAACUAAAUUGAAGGAUCUUGAUUGUAAAUGUGGGUCGAUCUGUCAUUAUUGUGUGCAUGUGUAUUGAACGCUGAGAGUUCAGGCAUCUCCAUACAAGGAUCAGCGAUGAGGAUCAGCAGUCAUUAACCGACUUAGCACAGCAGCGUGUAACAAGACCUCCAGUCUUCUACGACCAUGCCAACCGGUGUCACCCUGCUCUAAAAUUAUCCCUCGCUGCGCCUCAGGAUGUGCCUUGAAUGGACCGUGUGUGGGCUGGAAUUUGUAGUGGGGCGACCGUCUCCGCCGCGCUCCUGCGUCACUAAAUGAAGGACGAAUGCUGGUAUGUCACAAAUCCUUUUCUGGUAAUAGAGGGCUGGAGGACACCAUUGCUGAUUCGAAUGGAUGUUAAUGCAUUUCUGUGUGAUGGAUUCCAUUCCAGUUUUGGCUCUGACCGAUGUUGCUUGGGUUGCUGCUCUUGAUCUUUAUUGGGUUUUCGUGUCUGCUGUCUUACAUCAAGGAACAUUGCAAUAGUCAGUAAACCGAUUCUGGCUUUUCUUUGACAGUAUUGAAUUGUGAUGGGCUAUUCCUGUCCGCCCCUGUCAUGCCUGUGCUCCUCAUUCACCGUUAGUCUAUUCAAAGACAUGCUAGUGCUAGCAUCGUUACAUAAUGCCUAACAGCUGCCCUUCUGCUCACGAUUCACAGCUUUUGCUGGUUCAGCUUGUACAAGCACACGCGGUAGAUAAUCAAGAGAGUCACGUUCCAUCUCUUAUCUGCUGUCGCGCAGACUUUAAAAGUUUGAUGAAGGGACACGCCCCCAUUCUGUGGGUCAUUGAGCAGGAAGGAAUUUUUACUGUAUGUGUGUGCUUGUUUUUUUUUUUUUUGUGGACCAAUGUCUGAGUCAACAGCACAGCGCACUGAUGCCUUUUGUGAUCAUCUUAAUUUAGACCUUGUACCUCAUGCUGUCUGUGAUCAGAAUCCAUUCAAUAAUGCUAGAGGGAGUGAAUGACAUCUCGUACGUCUAAGAAUGUCACAAACCUAUCCCAACCUCCUUUUUAGUUUUCUAGUCACUCUCUGUUUCUCAUCUUGUCACCCUUUUAUCCAAAGCAAGAAGUGUUCAAAAAGCAGCCUUUUUUAAUAACCAAGGCCAAAUUUAAUAAAAACCCCAUGUGAAUUGCACUUUAUCGGUCUUGUAAAUUUGCAACGGCCUUAUUUUUUGUAGUACGUGGGGUAAAAGGUCUCAGGGAGAUGUCUGGAUGUGAAAGGGCUUCAGUGUAUCCUGAGGAUCAGCAGACGUCCUGAUAACUAAAUUAGUUUUGAGUUAUAGGUAAGCACAAAAGUGACACUCACACCAGGAAGGAGCGCUCAUCUCAGAACUGGUUUAGCUAUUUUUUUUCCCUUUAGGGCACCGAUAUGAUCUGUAGUCGUUUGCCAGCAGAACCUCACCUUGAUAUGUGCUUUUUGAACAUGUCUGUUAAAAAAAAGAAAAAUGAAAUGUGUCUCUGCGUUUAUCUUGUCCAGAUGCGUUUCAGACAGAUAAGGGCGCUUGAUGAGACUUGGUGUGUUUCCCGUUUAAAGCAUGUUUCUCAGAAAAGGGAGUGUUGGGCAUACAAUUGCUUUGUGUGUUUUGAAUUCAUAUUGUGUGUGUGGUGUUAUUUUUUUGUCUUUUGUCAGCUGUAAUUCCAUAUUUCCAGUGUUACUCCCUCUUUCUUCAGUAGACAAAGGUGUUGGAGCUUUUGUAAUGUAGCUCUGGUUGCAUUUGUAACUGUGUGUUUAUGUACAGGGGAGAUUUUUUUGGAUUUGGACAUGCUUGUUUAAAGUGCAAGUCUUAAUGAUGAUGGAGGCCUUUUUGAAGCCCUUUUGCCAUGUUGCAAGAGUUAUGGAUUUCAGCAGAAUUUGUUUACUUUUUGUUUGUUUAUUUGUCUUGGUGAGGAUGCUAAUGAUUGUGAGUUUAAAAAAAGUGAAUGAUGGAAUAAGUCUGUAUAUGAGAAGCACUAUAUAUUGUUUUGAAAUUGUCUUGGUAAUUGAUGUAGAUCAUGCUGUCAUUAUUAUGCCAUUUUGUUUCUCAGCACUUUUACCUCACUAUGAUUUUCCUUUGGAUGGAAUAAAGAAUAAGGAAAAUGUGUAUCAACGGGAAAAAAUAAAGUAUUGAAAGCCCAUUA